UAUAAUUGGUGACGUAGUCAUACAUUACGUCAUAGCCGUGCACCAGGAAGUAAGGAACAGGCUCGAACUGACAGCACGGAGGAGAUCCAGCUCUGCAAAUGGUGUCUCUGAUAUGCACUUUGCAAGACCACCAAGACGAUGUCAACUGGUGUGCUUUCUCAGCAAAACUGUUGGCCACUUGCUCUGGGGACAAAACUCUCCGAAUUUACAACACUCGUAACUUCUCUGAGUUGCCCUUCUCACCUCUGACAGGACACGGCUACAGUGUCCACUGUUGUUGUUUCAGUGCCUGUGGAGAGUUCCUCAUCUCCUGUUCCACAGAUGCCACUACAGUUGUCUGGUCCAUGGUCACAGGUGAGAUUGAGGCCAUCUUGGAGCAUCCUGGUCGCAGCCCUGUUAGGAUCUGUGCACUUUCUCCUAACUCAGCCCACUUGGUUUCUGGUGCAUCUGAUGGCACUUUGGCUCUGUGGGAUUUCCCCUCUAAACAGCUGCAGAGGACCGGGGCAGUAAGUGACACAACGAUGGUGGCCUGCUCCUUCAGUCCCUGUGGUCAGCUCUUCAUGACUGGCUCCACCUACGGAGAUCUGCGCCUGUGGGACCUGCAUAUGAACCAGCUUUAUGUCCAGAAGAACGCCCAUGAUCUGGGUGUUACCUGCUGCACUUUUGCUCCCGGCAUCUUCAGUGACUGUCAGAUCGUACGGUUUCAUUUGGCAUCUUGUGGGCAAGACAGUCAUCUGAAGGUCUGGGCUGUUAACAAGUUAAACUCCAGAGCCUAUAAGAUGCAACUCCUUCACAAAUUAACUGGCCAAUCAGCUCCAGUCCUGUCAUGUGCUUUCUCAUUCGAUGGACAGCUGCUCGUGUCUGGCUCUGUGGAUAAAACUAUUGCAGUCUAUGAUGCUACUAACGGAGUUUUGCUUUACACACUGAACCAGCAUGAGAGGUACGUGACGGCGUGCUCCUUCUCUCCAUCCUCACCACUAAUUGCUACAGGAUCUAUGGAUAAGACCGUAAACAUCUGGAGGAUAGAGGAUGGAUGUAUUGGACAUGAUGCGGAGCCGGCGCCUGGAAGAGCCACGUCGGGCCAACCCAAGCUGCUGGUCAACGACUGGUCUGAAGAGGAUGUGUUGGUGUGGUUGGUGGAGGAGGAUCUGGGAGUGCUGGUGGACAAUUUCAAAGCCAACAACAUCGAUGGGACGGAGCUGCUCAGCCUCACCAAGGAAACUCUGGCAUCAGAUCUCCAGAUAGAGUCUGUAGGUCUGCGCAGCAAAGUCCUGAGGAAGGUGGAGAAGCUGAAGAGUGGAUUAGCGUGUGAAGGGAUUCCCGACGAGUUCCUGUGUCCCAUCACAAGGGAGCUGAUGAAGGAGCCGGUCAUAGCUGCAGAUGGCUAUUCUUAUGAGAAGGACGCCAUUGAGAGCUGGAUCAAGACCAAGAACCGCUCCAGCCCCAUGACCAACCUGCCAUUACUAACCACUCAGCUCACCCCCAACUACACACUGAAGAUGGCUAUUGGCCGCUUCAAGAGCAGCCAGUAGCAUCCUAAAGAACCAGAACCAGGC